CCAUCGGUAAAAACUAAACCAUGGAACUGAGGGAGCCUGCCAGACGGGCUUACGCGGGGUGUGCCCUUUAGUUGCGACUUGUAAGGCUGUGAACAUCGCCUCUUUCUUCCCCAGUUCUCUCUUCCGGCUGUGGCUUUGGCACUGGGAAUGGAAUGAUCGAUCUUAAAACUCACUGCACCCUGCAAUGGAAAACUUACCCCACUCCAUCUCCUUCUGCCGAUUCCGGCCCCUCUCCUCCGCCAGUCACCGGCCCCGCCCCUCCAAUCCCUUCCGCUUCCAACCUCCACCCUCCCUUCUCCUCCGCAUCCGCCCCUCUCUCCCUCCUCCUCCUCCCCCUCGCAAUCUGCAAUUCCACUGUUCCGCCCACUCUACCGAUCACCAGCACCACCAUCACCAGCACAACCAACACCACCAUCACCACCACCACCACCACGACGGGCACUGCGAGGCGGAGCUGACCGAGCCGCAGAGAGCCCUGGGGAAGUUCGCAAAGGCCACCGGAUGGGCCGGCCUCGCGAAUUUCCUGAGGGAGAACCUGCAGCUGUGCUGCUGCUCCACGGUUCUGUUUGUCGGUGCUGCUGCUUGUCCUUACCUUAUUCCGAAGCCGGCACUGAAGAAGACUGUUCAGAACUCAUUGAUGCUGAUCGCUUUCCCCAUCGUCGGGGUCUCGGCAUCCCUUGAUGCUCUCACUGAUAUUGCAGCUGGAAAAGUGAACAUUCAUGUCUUGAUGGCUCUCGCUGCUUUCGCAUCAGCAUUCAUGGGAAACCCCUUGGAAGGAGGCAUGCUUCUUGCGAUGUUCAACCUGGCACAUAUUGCCGAGGAGUAUUUCACUAGCCGCUCGGUGAUUGAUGUGAGAGAGUUGAAGGAAAAUUACCCUGAUUUUGCUCUCGUCUUGGAUGUGGAUGAUAAUGCACUACCUAACUUCUCGGAUUUGGCAUAUGGAAGGGUUCCUGUGCAUGAUGUACAGGUGGGCUCAUUCAUACUGGUGGGAGCUGGAGAGUCUGUGCCUGUAGACUGUGAAGUGUUCCAAGGUAGUGCUACAAUUACUAUUGAGCACUUAACUGGAGAAGUCAAACCGGUUGAGGCCAAAGUCGGGGAUAGGAUUCCCAGUGGUGCGAGGAAUUUGGAUGGUCGGAUCAUUGUUAAGGCUACUAAAACCUGGAAAGAGUCCACACUUAGCAGGAUUGUACAGUUGACUGAAGAAGCACAAUUAAAUAAGCCAAAGCUUCAGAGAUGGCUUGAUGAAUUUGGCGAGUACUACAGCAAAGUGGUUGUAGUUUUAUCAGUUGCAGUCGCUGUCAUUGGACCAUUCUUGUUCAAAUGGCCGUUCAUUAGCACCUCAGCUUGUCGAGGAUCAGUAUACCGAGCUUUGGGGCUCAUGGUGGCAGCAUCACCUUGUGCUUUAGCAGUAGCUCCCUUGGCAUAUGCUACUGCCAUUAGCUCCUGUGCGAGAAAGGGCAUAUUGCUGAAAGGAGGGCAUGUUUUGGAUGCUCUAGCCUCCUGCCGCACUAUUGCAUUUGAUAAAACUGGGACAUUGACAACUGGUGGACUAAUGUUCAAAGCAUUGGAACCAAUCUAUGGACAUAAAACCGGGGAAAAUGAAUCCAAAAUUGCUUGUUGUGACCCUACCUGUGAGAAGGAAGCACUAGCUGUUGCAGCUGCUAUGGAGAAGGGAACAACACACCCUAUUGGAAGAGCUGUCGUUGAUCACUGUGAGGGGAAAGACCUCCCCCGUGUUUCUGUCGAGAGUUUUGAGUAUUUUCCUGGUCGAGGUCUUACUGCCACUCUGAACAGCAUUGAGCCAGGAAUCAGAACUGGAAAACCUUUGAAAGCAUCACUUGGUUCCAUUGAAUUCAUAACAUCCUUUUGCAAAUCCGAAGAUGAAUCAAGGAAGAUCAUUGAAGCUGUUAGUGCCUCUUCCUAUGGCAGGGACUUGGUUCAUGCUGCUCUUUCCGUGAAUAAAAAGAUAACGUUGAUUCAUCUCGAGGACAGGCCGCGGUUAGGUGUUUCAGAUGUUAUUGUGGAAUUAAUUGAUCAAGCCAAGCUUCGCGUAAUUAUGUUGACUGGUGACCAUGAGUCUAGUGCCUGGAGAGUAGCAAAUGCUGUGGGCAUAAAGGAAGUUUAUUGUGGUUUGAAGCCAGAAGAUAAGCUCAAUCAUGUGAAGAAUAUCUCAAGAGAUACAGGGGGAGGCCUGAUCAUGGUGGGUGAAGGAAUCAAUGAUGCACCUGCCCUCGCUGCAGCCACUGUUGGGAUUGUGCUUGCUCAACGCGCUAGUGCGACAGCUGUGGCUGUUGCUGAUGUGCUUCUUCUGGGAGACAACAUUUCUGGUGUCCCAUUCUGUAUAUCCAAGUCACGCCAUACGACUUCUCUGGUUAAGCAAAAUGUGGUUCUUGCUUUAACGUCGAUAUUCAUAGCAUCUUUACCAUCUGUACUGGGCUUUCUUCCCUUGUGGUUGACGGUCCUUUUACAUGAAGGUGGGACCCUUCUUGUUUGCCUGAACUCAAUACGGGCUUUAAAUGACCCCUCGUGGUCAUUGAAACAGGAUUUCUUGCACAUGCUCGGCAAACUCAAGUCCAGAAUCGAUUCAUGGAGGGAAUCAAACACGAACCUAAGCACCAUCGAGGCUGCUCACUUGUAGUGUUCUUCAUUUAUUUGGUUAAACGCCGGAGCUUUGAGGAUGUCAAAGCUGUACAUUUUGUAAAGUCAGAUGAUCUGCCCAGGCAAAGAUGUGUAGCUUAUCUAGAAAUGAGAUUAAUUUUCACUUUUCUGAUCAAUUCGAUAUAUUUAUUGAUUACGGUGCGGAAUGGGAUAAGAUUAUGUUCCGUUGUAUGGUCUGAUUUGGCAUCUUACUGUCAGAGUUAUUUAGCAAUGUAUAAACGCGUAAUCUGAUUCAGACCUA